AUGACGGCUUGUCCAAAUCAAAGUGCAGAAGAGGAAUUUUAUAUUUUGGCAUUUACAGCAUCUCCAGUUGGACAGUUUUCAAUCUUUCUUGGAGUUUUAUUGAUGUAUCUAUUGACCAUACUUGGAAAUCUCACUAUUAUUAUACUUGUUUAUGUGACACCAGAUUUACACACCCCAAUGUACUUUUUUCUGUUUAAUCUUUCCCUCGUGGAUGUGGCAUCCUCCUCUACCUACAUCCCAAAAUUACUUAUGAUCACUCUAACACAAGAUCACAAAAUCUCCUUUGAUGGUUGCAUGAUUCAACUGUUUUUCAAUUUGCUAUGUGCUGGUGGUGAUAAUUUUAUCCUGACAUCAAUGUCGUAUGACCGCUAUCUGGCAAUAUGUAAGCCGCUACAGUAUUACCUAAUUAUGAGCGAAAAACGUUGUGCUUCAAUGGCUGCCUCUUGUUGGAUGAUUGCAGCAUUUAACUCAUUGAUGUUGUCCUUGCUUAUAUCUGUGUUAUUGUUUUGCAAAUCUCGUGACAUUGACAAUUUUUUCUGUGACCUCAAUACAAUGAUUUCCCUUUCCUCUAGUGACACUAAAAGCCGGAAGAUUUUAUUAUUAUUUGAAGACAUUGUCUUCGGCUUUAUACUAUUUGCACUUAUCAUAACCUCAUACGGUUUUAUCUUUUCCAACAUAGUAAAAAUACAUUCUAGAGAUGGACGUCUCAAAGCUUUCUCCACAUGCGUCUCCCACCUCAUCACUGUCAUAUUAUUUUAUGUCCCGAGCAUCUUUUUAUACUUGAAACAAGAAUCAGAACAUACAACAGAGCAAGACAAGCUGCUUUCCAUGCUGUAUCUUGUCGUGGUUCCUAUGUUGAAUCCUCUGGUUUAUAGUUUGAGGAAUAAAGAUAUCUGGAAGGCUUUUUCAAAAGUAAAGAUGGCAAGAAGGAAAAUUUUGAGGCACUAA